GUAGCCAGUAGGUCAAGACCCGGUCCAGGUUGAGCGUCGUCGCGGCGGGAAAGUGCGAGUCCGCCCUCUCCUUCUUCCUUGUCGAGUUAGAACAGGGAACGAAGAGGAUCCGGCGAAGAAGGAAGAAGCGGUGAGGUUCGGUUUUCGUCCGGAGCAGAGGACAAGCCAUGGUGGGGGUCAUGGCGGGAAGUGAAGCGAGGAAUAAGGCGCUCAACCUCCUCAACGCCGUCAAGUUCCCGCCCGACCUACCGUCGAAGCUUGAGAAUUUGGGGCGGCUCGGGGAGGUGAUCGUCUCCAGGGAUCCUUCUCUUCUCCGGGAAUUCUUACCCCACGUCGUCGAGUUUCAGUCAGAUAAAGCGAGCCCCGUGAGGAAAUUCAUCGCUGAGAUUAUUGGAGAAAUUGGAUUUAAGCAUAUGAGCUUUUUACCUGAACUGGUCCCUGUCCUAAUAUCUUUAUUGAACGAUGCAACGCCUGCUGUAGCUCGACAGGCUGUUACUAGUGGAGCAUAUCUAUUUCAGAAGACCAUGGGAUAUAUUGCAUUUCGGGGUUUAUAUUCAGAGGAAUUAGAUAACUUACUUGAAUCAUCAUGGACUUCGAUAACAAAGCUGAAGGAGGCAUUAUAUGAAGUUGCUUUUCAGUCUAAUUUUUGGUUACAUGUUCACAAGCCUGGAAAUGAUGGUGCACGGAUACUAGCUGUAAGGUUUGUCAAAUCUACUAUUCUCCUUUUUACUCCGGAUCCAAAUGGCAGUUCGCAGUCACCACCUCAGAUAGAUGCUGAUGAAAAAAAUAUUGAGUUCAACAUAUCAUGGCUGCGCAGUGGCCAUCCACUGCUUACUACAUCAGAUCUAGCUCUUGAAGCCAGCAGGAACUUGGGUCUGUUACUUGAUAUGCUUAGGUCACCAUCACUAAAGACAUUAAGUAACUCUGUCAUUGUUGUACUGAUCAAUAGUUUGUCAGAUGUUGCAAAGAAGAGGCCAGCAUUUUAUGGGCGUAUUCUGCCAGUUAUUCUUGGCCUGGAUGCUUCAGUUUGCACAUUAAAUGGAUCUCGGAUCUCUGGUGUACCCAAUGCAUUGAAGCAUGCCUUCUUAACAUGCCUAAAGUGUAGCCAUCCAGGGGCUAUCCCGUGGCGGGAUAGACUUAUAGAAGCUCUGAAAGCCAUGGAUGCUGGAGAGCUUGCAGAUGAAGCUCUUUCUCAGCUAGAUAAACUUUCUAGUGAGGUGCAACCAUUACAGGAGGCAAAAGGUGGCGUAGAAUUGGCUGACUUGCCUAUAACUGAUCAUGGCAAGAAAAGAAGUGUUACCCAAGAUACCGACUUCACUGCAACUUCUGAUUCAUUGGGAAAAAGAAUACGACAGGCUCCACCUAUGUCACAGGGGCAACCCACAGUGUCAGUCGAGACAAAUCUGAGAGCUCCAGAAGACUUUGUACCUAAUGGGAUUAAAGAUACAAGCACAGAUGAAGUUUGUGGCCCUGUGCAGCAGCUUGUUGCUAUGUUUGGUGCUUUGGUUGCCCAAGGUGAUAAAGCUACUGGUUCGCUAGAGAUCUUAAUUGGAAGCAUUUCUUCUGACCUGCUGGCUGAAGUGGUAAUUGCUAAUAUGCGUCAUCUUCCACCUUGUCGUCCUAAUGUUGAGGAGGAAGAAGAAACUGUAAGUGUAGGAUUCAUUUCGAGCCUUGUCAGCAGUACACUUGAUAUCAAGCCAUCUUCAAAUACGUUGGAAAUCAUGACAUCCGUUUUGGGCUUAAGGUUACCUGCAUCUUGUGACAGCACAGUGGUUCACCAUAUUGAAAAAUCUGAAGUCAAGGAAGCAACAUAUACCACCUCAGUUCCAGUUAAAAUUGCAGGUGCAGACAUGCCAGUUGUGUCUCAUUCUCCAUCUGUCACUGGCAAUUUUAACAUUCAACCAAUGAUAAAUGAUGUUGGGCCUUCAGAAGCUUCAAUCCCUGGUUUAGAAGGUUCAGCUCCUGUUGUUGGGAGUCUGGAAAAUGAGCAAGCGUGUUAUGCUUCAACUGCAGAUUCACUUGGAACACAUCGUGAGGAUGCAGCUAGUUCCGGUUUAUCAUUUGCUAACAAAGUUCCUUCAACUGCUACUGUUUCAACUGAUCAUUCGGAGGCACUUAGCCCAAGGGAAUCUGCAGCAGAUACAAGCUGGAUUUCUUCUGCAGCUUCAACUAAUGUAGCAUUCUCUACUUCAUUGUCACUUAAUAAGACAGCACCUCCAACUGCUAACCUAUCUGAAGAGCAGAAGGACGAAUUGCAGAAAUUGGCAUAUAUCCGCAUAAUUAAUACUUACAAAAGUGUAGCGAUUACAGGAGGCUCAGAUGUCCACUUCUCCGUCCUGGCAUAUAUUGGUAGCGAGUAUCCAUUGGAGCUAGAUGCAUGGGGCCUUCUGCAAAAACAUAUUUUGGAUGACUACCUAAAUCAUGAGGGGCAUGAGUUGACAUUGCGGGUACUAUAUAAGCUUUUUGUUGAGGCUGAGCAGGAGCAUGACUUCUUUGCCUCGACUACCGCAACCUCUGCCUAUGAAACCUUCCUUUUGACUGUAGCUGAAAGUCUACGAGAUUCUUUCCCUGCAUCGGACAAAUCUCUUAGCAGACUAUUUGGUGAGGCACCUUAUUUGCCAAAACCAGUAUUUAAAUUGUUAGAAUGUCUAUGCUCUCCUGGAAAUAACGAGAUAUACAGCAAGGAAUUGAAGUCUGGUGACCGAGUUACUCAAGGCCUUAGUGCUGUAUGGAGUUUAAUUUUAUUACGGCCUCCAAUUCGUGAUGUUUGCUUGAAGAUUGCAUUACAGAGUGCUGUUCAUCAUUUAGAAGAAGUGAGAAUGAAGGCAAUAAGAUUGGUGGCCAACAAGUUGUACCCAAUGUCCUGCAUUUCACAAACCAUAGAAGAAUUUGCCAGUGAGAAGCUGCUUUCAGCAGUAAAUGAUCUUCAAACUACACUAUUGGGAGACGGUAACUCAUCUAAGAAUACUGAUGGGCAGUUGGCUGCAUCUGACGAUGUAUCUGAAGCUUUGGUCUCCGAGGCACAAAGAUGCAUGUCACUUUACUUUGCGCUAUGCACGAAGAAGCACUCUCUGCUCUGGCAGGUGUUCACUGUGUAUAGAAGUGCAUCGGAGGCUGCAAAGGAGGCCAUUCGUAAACAGAUUCCAAUUCUGGUACGGACUAUUGGUUCUUCUGCAGAGUUGCUUUCUGUCAUUUCAGACCUUCCUGCAGGAAGCGAGAACCUACUUAUGCUGGUUUUGCAUACGCUGACGGAUGGGGCAAUCCCUUCACCAGACCUGAUAUGUGCUGUCAAAAGGUUAUAUGAGUCAAAGCUGAAGGACGUUGCUAUUCUCAUUCCGAUACUGUCAUCUAUGCCAAAGGAUGAGAUUCUACCAAUAUUUCCCAAGCUGGUUGGUCUUCCACUUGACAAGUUCCGAGCUGUACUAAAUUGUAUACUAAAGGGGCCUUCUCCUGUCCUUUCUCCAGCUGAAGUCUUAAUUGCUAUCCAUGGAAUUGAUCCAGAUAAAGAUGGCAUAGCCCUGAAAAAGGUCACAGAUGCAUGCUCUGCUUGCUUUGAGCGUCAGGCUGAUUUUACCCAACAAGUUCUUGCUAAAGUUUUAAAUCAGUUGGUUGAACAGAUUCCUCUUCCUUUAUUGUUCAUGCGCACAGUUAUACAGUCCAUUGGAGCUUGUCCCUCUCUGGUGGACUUUGUGAUGGAUAUCCUUUUGCGCCUUGUCAACAAACAAAUUUGGAAAUUCCCAAAAUUGUGGGUGGGCUUCUUGAAAUGUGCACUCCAGACACAGCCACAAUCUUUCGGUGUGCUACUUCAGUUGCCGGCUGCACAACUUGAAAAUGCCCUGAACCGGAGCCCUCCUCUUAGAGUACCACUGGUUGCUCAUGCAAGCCAACCGAAUAUCUGUUCAUCACUUCCCAGGUCUACCUUGGUGGUUUUGGGGCUAGCCUCCGAUUCUCAACCUACAAGUCAGGCACAAUCAGUCCAACAAACCAGUGAGCAUGGGAAUGCUGGUGGAACAUUUGCCACUGAAACAACUCAAGAGUCAUCUGCUGCUGGCUAAUGAGUGGACGGACAGAUUUAACAACAGGUUUUCAAAUUUGACGGAAGGCUGUCAGGAGGAAUAAUCUAGCCCUACAAGAAGGCUCUACUUGUAUCAGUAGAUGAGUAACCUUCACUGGCAUGACAAUCCAGUGUGGAAAUUCCGUGUCCUGAUGGAACUUGAAAGAAGCUGAAGGAGGAAUUAGUUAUUCCUGCCCUGCAAAUCCCUGCCCUGAAAAUCGAGGCCGGCUUGGAUCCCACAAACAGCUGAAUGGCACCUCCUUGUGAUGCUUAAAAUGCGCCACAAUUUAUGAGAGUUCAGGUGAAGCAGCAGCAUCUGAGAUUCAGGCCUCAUCUGUAGAUACUAGAGAACAUGCUUGCCUGCUCGCGAAAGUUUUGUUGCUAGUGAGGUAAAUCCGUAAAUUUGUUAAAUGUAUCAUAAAAAUUACAUUUUGUCGUCUUCAUACAUCUAGGGUUCUGUUUAUAGAUCCAACCCAUUGAGCGGCUUUCUUUAGAUUUUGUUCAGGGGUGUCCGUUGGCUUGCUAUAGUGCAUGCACUUUGACCUUCCAAGAAAUUAAGGGUAGUUCAGUGUAUCACUACUUUUUGCUUUUUGGUGCCAGUGGAGUCUUAAUUGGGAGCCUUGAGCAGUGUAUGUGUGUAUUUUGCAGCUGUGCAUCUGAUACUCUAGAUGAACACACAACCCCUCAUAAAGCAUUAAAAUAGUGGAAAAAAAAUUGGUUAAACUCA